GAUAAUUUGGAUACCAAAGGAAAUGGCUGAGAAAACUGCUCUUGUUGAAAGUUAUUUGAACUGCCAUGUGUGUGCAGAGACUUUCAGAGAUCCUGUGUCUCUGGGCUGCCAACACAGCUUCUGUUCCAGCUGCCUGAAACAAUUCUGGGAACAAACCAAAACCAAAAACUGUCCCAUUUGUAAAAGAAAAUCAUCAAAGGAUGAACCAUGUGAAAACUUUAUUCUGAAGGAACUGGCUGACUCCUUUGCUGGGAGACAGAAAGCUGCAUCAUCUGAGACAGAAAAAGGAGAGGAGGAAGUGGUGGUGGUGUGUAGAGAACAUGAAGCAGAGCGUAAAUGGUUCUGUAGGGAGGAUCAGAGAGCUGUAUGUGCUGCCUCUGAGUUACUUCAGCACCACGGUCACAAGGUGGUUCCUACAGAAGAAGCAGUCAGUGAACUGAAGGAGCAGCUGAAUUCUGACUUGAAGUCUCUACAGGACAAGAAGAAAAGGUAUGAAGAUGCUGAGAAAACAUACAAAGACGUGGUUCAACACUCCAAGAAGCAGCUGGUGGCCACAGAGAGGCAGAUCAGAGCAGAGUUCAACAAGCUUCACCAGUUCCUGAAAGAAGAAGAGGAGGCCAGACUGGCAGCUCUGAGGGAGGAAGAGGAGCAGAAGGGGAAGACUGUCACCAGAGAGAUGAAGAUGAUUGAGGAGAAGAUCUCCACUCUGUCAGACAGCAUCUCUGCUGUUGAAAAAGACCUGCAGACACACAAUGUGCCGUUCCUCAGCAGUUAUCAAAGCAGUCAGAGCAGCGCCAGAGCCCAAUGCUCACAGCCGGAUCCACAAAUGGUCUCAGGAGCGCUGAUAGAUGUGGCCAAACACCUGGGCAACCUGUCCUUCAGAGUCUGGGAGAAGAUGAAGGACAAGGUCAAGUUCAGUCCCGUCAUCCUGGACCCAAACACUGCAAAUCGAUGUCUCUCCCUGUUUGAUGACCUGAUCAGUGUGAGACAGGGAGACACAAUGCAGAAACUCCCUGACAACCCAGAGAGAAACAGUUACAGUAUCAGUGUUUUAGGCUCUGAGGGCUUCAGCUCAGGGAAACACAGCUGGGAGGUGGAGGUGGGAGACCUUCCAUUCUGGAAUGUGGGUUUGGCUAAAGAGUCAUUUGACAGGAAGGGAGAGCGAAAAUCCUCACCAGAACAUGGGAUCUGGUGUGUAAAACGUCGCAGUGGAAAUUACAUUAAUGGGUUUGAUGAGAUCAUCACAGUGAAGAAGAGUCUCCAGAGGAUCAGAGUCCAGCUGGACUAUGACAGGGGGGAGGUUUCCUUCUACGACUCUGUGGACAAAACUCACAUCUACACUUACAGAGACACUUUCACUGAGAAACUCUACCCAUAUUUCUCUGUUGGAAACGCUGCUGACGCAAAGACCAAAGAUAUCAAAGUCCUGAAAACUGAGCCUUCAAUGACCAUCACUGACAUCUCCAAAGUGCCUCUUUGUUACCGUGUGAAGGAGGUGUUCAACAAAGCUCAUGCCUCCUUUCUGUCGCCCUGUCGUCUCUAUUACUGUACUAGCGAUUUGCUCACCUCACCCCCUAGAGGCCGACUCUACUGUCUGUUAGAGAUGGAGGCCAUGAACAACUGCAUCGACUCUGCCCUUGCUGCAGGAUCAGAGAGGGAGAUGAGUGGAAGACCGCCUUCAAAGCCCCUAGUGGCCACUGCCCCCUCCUCCCCACGGAUCAUUGAUGGAGGAUCAGGAUACUCAGUCAAGUGCCUCCUGGCUGUCAUUGACGUGGCCAUCAGGUGGACUGCAGGAAUAUUGUGGACCCAGACCUCAUCUGAGACCUCCAUCUGGAGCAGCCUGGGAUGUCUGGUGCUGUAA